UGUCGGGGAAGGGGGGGAACCUGGGCAGCGGCCGAGCUCUGUGGCUUCAGGGCUUGGAAGGCGAGAGGGAGGGUGGUGAAGAGAGUGGGUCGGUGCCGCCGCCCGCUUGAGGAGAGAGGAGGGGUCCCGCUCGCCUUGCGCCCUUCGUGGGCCGAGAGUGCGGAGCAGUCGCGAAACUCCCAGGCCUCUCGGCCCCCGGGGACCCCGCCCCGCCGCCCGCCGGCCCGCGGCCUCUCUUCCCUUUGUGAGCGCCCCCUUCCCAGGGGUGCUGGUGGUGGCGGAGGGGUGCGCGUGGGCCCGCCCGCCGAGGGGCCGCGGCGGGGGACCGACAGGGCCUCGGCUGUGAGGACCGGAGGCGGCCGAGGCCCGGGCCGGUUCCCCCGAGGCCGCGGCGGCGGCGGCGACUCCCGGCACUUCCCCGCGCCAUCUUAACUGAGCCCGAGCGUUAAGGGCGCCUCCUCGACCCCGGUCGUCCCCUCGUCCGCCCCCCCCCCCGGCCCCUUGUCGCAGAGCUUGGGCUGGGCGGCUGGGGGGGGGCGGCGGUCUGUCGCCCGGCCCCCUCCUCCUCACUCCUCGCUCUCCAGCACCGCGGCCACCGGAGCGCUCUAGGGGUCUGCGCCUGUCUACUCCGCCCCAGACCUGCCGGCGAAGGGUUUAUGCCAGCGUGGCUUCAUUCAUACAGAUGAACCAAGCAUUGGGAUAGCAGUGUAAAAUUAGAAUCAGACAGCUGACUGCUCAGCAGGAUGCCAUCAACUAACAGAGCAGGCAGUCUAAAGGACCCUGAAAUUGCAGAGCUCUUCUUCAAAGAAGACCCGGAAAAGCUCUUCACAGAUCUCAGAGAAAUCGGCCAUGGGAGCUUUGGAGCAGUAUAUUUUGCUCGAGAUGUUCGUACUAAUGAAGUGGUGGCCAUCAAGAAAAUGUCUUACAGUGGAAAGCAGUCUACUGAGAAAUGGCAGGAUAUUAUUAAGGAAGUCAAGUUUCUACAAAGAAUAAAACAUCCCAACAGUAUAGAAUAUAAAGGCUGCUAUUUACGGGAACACACCGCAUGGCUAGUAAUGGAGUAUUGCUUGGGUUCUGCUUCAGAUUUAUUAGAAGUUCAUAAAAAGCCAUUACAAGAAGUGGAAAUAGCAGCAAUUACACAUGGUGCUCUCCAGGGAUUAGCUUAUUUACAUUCUCAUACAAUGAUCCAUAGAGAUAUUAAAGCAGGAAAUAUCCUUCUGACAGAACCAGGACAGGUGAAACUUGCUGACUUUGGAUCUGCUUCCAUGGCCUCCCCUGCCAAUUCUUUUGUGGGGACGCCAUAUUGGAUGGCCCCAGAAGUAAUUUUAGCCAUGGAUGAAGGACAGUAUGAUGGCAAAGUUGAUGUAUGGUCUCUUGGAAUAACAUGUAUUGAAUUAGCGGAGAGGAAGCCUCCUUUAUUUAAUAUGAAUGCAAUGAGUGCCUUAUAUCACAUAGCCCAAAAUGAAUCCCCUACACUACAGUCUAAUGAAUGGUCUGAUUAUUUUCGCAACUUUGUAGAUUCUUGCCUCCAGAAAAUCCCUCAAGAUCGCCCUACAUCAGAGGAACUUUUAAAGCACAUGUUUGUUCUUCGAGAACGCCCGGAAACAGUGUUAAUAGAUCUUAUUCAAAGGACAAAAGAUGCAGUAAGAGAGCUGGACAAUCUGCAGUAUCGCAAGAUGAAGAAACUCCUUUUCCAGGAGGCACAUAAUGGACCAGCGGUAGAAGCACAGGAAGAAGAGGAGGAACAAGAUCAUGGUGUUGGCCGGACAGGAACAGUGAAUAGUGUUGGAAGUAAUCAGUCCAUUCCCAGUAUGUCUAUCAGUGCCAGCAGCCAAAGCAGCAGUGUUAACAGUCUUCCAGAUGCCUCGGAUGACAAGAGUGAGCUAGACAUGAUGGAGGGAGACCAUACAGUGAUGUCUAACAGUUCUGUUAUCCACUUAAAACCUGAGGAGGAAAAUUACAGAGAAGAAGGAGAUCCUAGAACAAGAGCAUCAGAUCCACAGUCUCCACCUCAAGUGUCUCGUCACAAAUCACAUUAUCGUAACAGAGAACACUUUGCAACUAUACGAACUGCAUCACUGGUUACAAGACAGAUGCAAGAGCAUGAACAGGACUCUGAACUUAGAGAACAGAUGUCUGGUUAUAAGAGGAUGAGGCGGCAGCAUCAAAAGCAGCUGAUGACUCUAGAAAAUAAACUGAAGGCAGAGAUGGAUGAACACCGUCUUAGAUUAGACAAAGAUCUUGAAACUCAGCGUAACAAUUUUGCUGCAGAAAUGGAGAAACUUAUCAAGAAACACCAAGCUGCUAUGGAAAAAGAGGCUAAAGUGAUGGCCAAUGAGGAGAAAAAGUUCCAGCAGCACAUUCAGGCUCAACAGAAAAAAGAACUGAAUAGCUUCUUGGAGUCCCAAAAAAGAGAAUAUAAACUUCGAAAAGAGCAGCUUAAGGAGGAGUUGAAUGAAAAUCAGAGCACACCUAAAAAAGAAAAGCAGGAAUGGCUUUCAAAGCAAAAGGAGAAUAUACAACAUUUCCAGGCAGAAGAAGAAGCUAACCUUCUUCGGCGUCAAAGACAGUAUCUAGAACUAGAAUGCCGUCGCUUCAAGAGAAGAAUGUUACUUGGGCGACAUAACUUGGAACAGGACCUUGUCAGGGAGGAGUUAAACAAAAGGCAGACUCAGAAGGACUUGGAACAUGCAAUGCUACUACGACAGCAUGAAUCCAUGCAAGAACUGGAGUUUCGCCACCUCAACACCAUUCAGAAGAUGCGCUGUGAAUUGAUCAGACUGCAGCAUCAAACUGAGCUCACUAACCAGCUGGAAUAUAAUAAGCGAAGGGAACGAGAACUAAGGCGAAAACAUGUUAUGGAAGUUCGACAACAACCUAAGAGUUUGAAGUCUAAAGAACUCCAGAUAAAAAAGCAAUUUCAGGACACAUGCAAAAUUCAAACCAGACAGUACAAAGCAUUAAGAAACCACCUACUGGAGACUACACCAAAGAGUGAGCACAAAGCUGUUCUGAAAAGGCUCAAGGAGGAACAGACUCGGAAGUUAGCCAUCUUGGCUGAGCAGUACGAUCAUAGCAUUAAUGAAAUGCUUUCCACGCAAGCUCUGCGUUUGGAUGAAGCACAGGAAGCAGAAUGCCAGGUUUUGAAGAUGCAGCUGCAGCAAGAACUGGAGCUAUUGAAUGCAUAUCAGAGUAAAAUCAAGAUGCAGGCAGAGGCCCAGCAUGAUCGAGAGCUUCGAGAGUUGGAACAGAGGGUCUCCCUUCGCAGGGCACUCUUAGAACAAAAGAUUGAAGAAGAGAUGUUGGCUUUGCAGAAUGAACGCACAGAACGAAUACGUAGCCUGCUCGAGCGGCAAGCCAGAGAAAUUGAAGCUUUUGACUCUGAAAGCAUGAGACUAGGUUUUAGUAACAUGGUCCUUUCUAACCUCUCCCCUGAGGCAUUCAGCCACAGCUACCCAGGAGCUUCUAGUUGGUCUCACAAUCCUACUGGGGGUCCAGGACCACACUGGGGUCAUCCCAUGGGUGGCACACCACAAGGUUGGGGCCAUCCAAUGCAAGGUGGACCCCAGCCAUGGGGUCAUCCCUCAGGGCCAAUGCAAGGGGUCCCUCGAGGUAGCAGUAUGGGAGUCCGCAAUAGUCCCCAGGCUCUGAGGCGGACAGCUUCUGGGGGACGGACGGAACAGGGCAUGAGCAGAAGCACGAGUGUCACUUCACAAAUAUCCAAUGGGUCACACAUGUCUUACACAUAGUAAUUGAAAGUGGCAAUUCCUCUGGAGCUGUCUGCCAAAAGAAACUGCCUACAGACAUCAUCACAGCAGCCUCCUCACUUGGGUACUACUGUGUGGAAGCUGAGUGCAUAUGGUAUAUUUUAUUCGUUUUUGUAAAGCGUUAUGUUUUGUGUUUACUAAUUGGGAUGUCAUAGUAUUUGGCUGCCGGGUUUUUGUGGUUGGCUUUUUGUUUCUUUGUCUUUAACUUUUGGAAAAUUUUAAAAGUGGGAAUAGAUAAAUAAUUUCGUGUGUGGCAAAAAGAAAUUGGCUUAACAGAAGGGGUUUUAUCUGAACAAUGUAAAAAUAAAAUGAACCAAACUGGCCUGAA